AUGUCGCAGGCACAAGUAGAAGGGGAUCUGAUGUCUGCGAGCCACGGCCACGGGGACCCCAAUUCUUCUGAGCUCCACUCGUUCCCCAUCUUCUCGGCGGCCAGCGGUUGGGAGCAACAGCAGUUGCCGUCGUUGCCUUGGUUGCAAAGUGCAGGGGUACCUGGGCUACGGCGUGGAGUUCUUCCUCCCAAUGCUUUGCACGUUGAUCAGCCCCUUGUCCGGCAUGUAUUCCGUCUCUAUGUGUUUGAUUUUGCAGAAAAAAAUGCAUUAAAAAUGUUCAAGUUUGAGGACAAGCAAGACCGCAAUUUCCCUUACCUCCAUUGUUUGGGAAAAUUGAAAGACAAGGCCAAGUGGAAAAAUAGAAGCAAUCAGAGUGGAACGACUUCAAGGAAAAAGCAAAAGACCACGGCGAAUUCAAGUCAUGUAGCGGCUACACAAUUAGUUGUCACUGCUAAUGGUGAAGAGAGUCAGCAAAGAAUGCCUAUAGUGGAUGUAACCUACUGUGGAAGAAGAAGGAGAAAGACAAAUUACGACAAUGUUCCAAAGAUCGAAGCAUUGGAUUAUAUGUUGGCAAAGAAGAAAGAGGUGACAUAG